GGAAAGGGCGGGGCGGGCGGGCCGCUGCCGGCCGGCGCGGUGGGCGGCGGUAUCGCGGCGCUGCGGCCUGUCCCUCCCCGUGGGGCGGGAGUGGCGCUGGGCCCGCCACGGCAGCGCGCUCAGCCCGGCCCCCUGGGCCCGCUGCCCUCAGCCGCACCGGGCAGCCUGCUCUCCUCUCGGCUCCUCUCCCUCGCGGCCCCGCCGCCGGGGAUGCGCCCGGCCUCCCGGGGCAGCACCUCCGCCCGCCCUCCGGCGCCCUGAGCAUCCUCCCUGUCCCGUCCCUGCUCCUCUCUUCUCCUGCGCGGGCGGAGGCGGCGAGCGGGUGAAGCCCCCGCCCGGCGGCCUCCCCCAUGGUGGGUUUCGGGGCCAACCGCAGGGGCGGCCGGCUGCCCUCACUCGUGUUCGUGGCGCUGCUGGCGGUGAUCGGCGUCCUCGCCUUCAACUGCUGGAGCGCCUCGUCCCGCCAGGCCCUGCUGCGGGAGGAGCUGGCGGAGCUGCAGAGCCAGGCCAAGCGCACCGAGGUGGCCCGGGGCCGCCUGGAGAAGCGCAACUCGGACCUGCUGGGCAAGGUGGACUCGCACAGGAAGCAGCUGGAGCAGAAGGAGGCGGAUUACAGCCAGCUGAGCAGCCAGCUGCAGGCCCGGGACGGCCAGGUGAAGCGCUGCGAGGACAGCAAGAUGAAGCUGCAGAACAACAUCUCCUAUCAAAUGGCAGACAUACAUCGUUUGAAGGAACAACUAGCAGAAUUACGUCAGGAGUUCAUUCGCCAGGAAGAUCAGCUGCAUGAGUUCAAGAAGAACAAUACUCACCUUGCACGGAGACUGGAAUACGAUAGUCUGCAGUGCGGGCAGCAGAUCAAGGAAAUGAGACUGCAACAUGAAGAAAACAUGAAGAAAUUAAUGGACCAGGUUGCGUGGGAACAAAAGGCCACACAAAAAAGUCAGUCCAGUAAAGAUCCUGAAGUAGGUCUCAAUAGUGAUAACAAGGCAAUAUCUAAGACUGCUCCAGAGGCAGAAGAUGGAAACACAGGAAAGAAUGAGCAGCCUUCAGAUCAUGUUGUAAAUGGCAAAGAGAAACUCAAAGCAGGAGGAGAUGCAGGCAUGCCUGAAAUAGAAGAUAAUGACCCUGCUAAAGCUGAAGAUACUCCCACUGCUUUAAAGAAGCCACUUAUUUCAGCUCCUAGAAGUGAAGGUCAUCAACCUGUUAUAAAUCUACCAACCGAACAGCCCCAUGCUCCAAAUCUGGCACCAGGUUUCCACAGCGAGAGUGAUGGAAACACCGAUAUUGUGAAGCAGAUACCUCCAAACUCUCUCCAGCGCUUAAAUUUUGAAGAAAAUAUGGAAAAUCAGAAAGAACAAAAAAUUGAGACGGACCAUAUAAAAAUCCCAAAGAGCAGAGUUAGUGACUUGCAGAAGAUGAAGCAAAGCCGAUUCUUUGAUGAGAAUGAGUCCCCUGUUGAUCCACAGCAGGGUUCUAAACUGGCAGAUUAUAAUGGGGAUGAUGGGAACGUGGGUGAGUACGAGGCAGACAAGCAGGCUGAGCUGGCUUACAAUGAGGAAGAGGAUGGUGAUGGUGGAGAAGAAGACGUCCAAGAUGACGAAGAACGCGAUCUCCAGAAUGACCUGGUGGAUUACGGCAAGCCGCGCUUUGGGGAGGGGGUUCUCUGAGCCAGGACCCCCCGGAAUGUGGCAGAGAGAUCUCACCAAGGAACCCAAAGUGCUGCAACACUGAACCAUUGUUACUGCAGCGUUUCUGACUUUAGAGGAAGCCGAUAACUAAAAGUGAUGAGCACACACAAAGUCAGCCGAGUACCAGAAGGAAACAGUUCUGUACAUAUGUACAUAGUUGUAUUAUUGCAGAUUGUAUUAAAACUACAUUUUUGUUGUUACAUUGAGCCAAUUACUUAGACUGUACCUUAUCUGUAUUAAUCUUUACAUGUAAAACCGAUACUAUAAAUACGGGCUGAAUUGUUUCUGCAAUUAGAACACUUUGUAAACUGGAGAACUUGUACAGUUUGUAUCUCAUGUAACAAACACUGUGGAGCCGAUGUACAGCCAAAGGACUCCUUUUCUACAGGAACACCUGGACCAGCACAAACCCUCCUGCUGUGCUCCCGAGUGCUGUGGGUUUGUGUUGGCAGGUGAGCUAUCAGUCGAGAAUGAAAAAAGGUUUAAUAAUUGCUCCUUCCUUCAUGUGAAUGAGGAAAGACUUGCACAGUCCUGGGAACCAAGUACCACUUCUUGUAUCCAGUGACCAAAUCUCAUCGCUAGAGCUGGAAUUCGGUGACAUUAGGAUUUCAAUAAUUUGAUACAUCCUGAAAAAGCUGAGUAACUAAUAGCUUAUUUUAAAAGGUAAUAUAAGUACUUGAGCACAGCGUAUAAGGAAUGUCUGUGUGUGCUGGGGAGAGCGGGUGUAUCAGUGAGGAAGGAGCAGCUGGAGCUGCUGCCCUUGGUCACUGCUUUGCUCCAGCACAUCGUCCUCUGCGCCCACUGUCAGUUGCAGUUUAACACUUGGUACAGAUCUCUGAACAUCUGCCAUGUUCCACGUUCUGGUUUUCUGUAGCGGAAGGUUUGUAAGUUAGCUACUUUUUGUAUUCUGUGUUUAUGCACUUUCUGGAUUUUAUGGAAAUGAUUCUGUUGAGCUGCAGUAGUGGAAAUUAAGAUUAUUAACCCAGCCUGCUUCUCCAAAAGGGCUACUGUGAAAAAGAAUGAUAGGGCCUAGGACAUGGGUGAUUGUACUUUCUCUCGGUACUCAGGUUCCAAUGUGAAGUAACAGUUAAGGUUUGCUCGAUGCCAAUUUAGUGAACCUUUUAAAGACAUUUCAAUUAUCUUUUUUUUUUUUUUUUUUUUUUGCUACAGGGAUCUUCUGUCAAUCUUAAAUAUACAAGAAAUAAAAAUUUCAGAUUCUGGCAAUGCAUCUCAAGGGUUUUCUCUUUGUUUAAGGUUUGAGUUCUUCAUUUCAUGUUUGGGGAGGCAGAUGGGGGAACAGCCCUUCACAUGGUGUGAUGUGCUUCCCAUUGAAAAUGAACUGCUGGACCUGUUUGGAGUUAGAUACUGUCCUAAUGCCCCAAGAGAAGGACAAAUUGUACCAGGAGUCUCAGAAUAGCAGUCUGCAGUAAAUACUGUAUUUAAGCAUUACAAUUUUUUGUUUGUCUUAAAAUGUAAUUUCACCCUGAAUUAGGUGUUAACUUGAUUCUUCUAAUGGAAGCAACAUUUAUGGGUUCUAAUAAAUUAAGUUGUUUAAAGUA